AUGCAAGCCGCCAUCGGGAACCCGCAGUGUGCAAAGCCCCAAUUCAAAGCGGCCGAUGUCGAUGAUUAUUUGCGAAGAAUUAUUCUGCAGUCCGUGCACAAAGCCGAUCUGCUCUAUUGCACAGAGGAUGAGAUGGCCAAGAGCAUUCGUAUUGAUUUGAACAACAAAUUGGGAGGACAUUGGCAUGUCAUUGUCGGUCGGCACUUUGCGAGCUACUUUACCUACACUCCAGGUUUCAUGGCACAUCUCAUCCUACGAGACAUCCAAUUCCUCGUCUACAAAUACGAACAGACGAAAUAG